UAUAGUAUUUAAUGCAUCAACGACAUGUUCAGCGUUUAAUUUAAGGCAACAACGAAUCAAACAAACAAACAACAAAACGAAAACUUUUCGCAUAACUAGAUUAUUUCUGAAUGAAAUCAAACAACGAUUUACAAUCCACAGAAUGAUACGACAUAGUCCAGGGAAAGACGAAUCAGGUGUGUUUAUAUUUGAGUAUUCUUCUGAAGACUUCGCUCAUCAGACAGACUCUUGGAAAUACAAGAACUUUAAGACCAGCAGGUUUGACAGAGAGCUGUGUACACGGUGGGAUGAUGGGAUGGACAACGGGUUGUUCCGUUACACAAUGGACCACGUGGAAACUCGGAUACUGUCCGGAUCUAACAAAUAUGUUGUACAGUUGAAUGAAAAAAGAGCAAAAGAAAGACGGACACCCCAGUCAAUAAUGAAUGUAAAUCAGCCCUUCGACCCCGAACAGUUUAACUUCACUAAAAUAAAUCCAAAGGAAAUACUGUUUGAAAUUAGGAAUGUAACUCAGAAUAAAUCUGACAGUUGUAAUGGCGUUUGCAACGGUGUAAAGGAAACAACAAAAGAAGAUCUACGAGAAGAGCGACAUAUCGUCAUAAUCAACAUCAGUCCUCUAGAAUAUGGUCAUGUGCUUAUUGUUCCACACGUAGACACCUGCCAGCCUCAGAUUUUCACAGAGUGUGGGAUUCAAGUUGGGUUGGAAUGUAUGUUGCUCAGCUUACACAGGGGUUUCAAGAUCGGCUAUAACAGUCUGUGUGCCUACGCCUCUGUCAAUCAUCUCCAUUUCCACGCCUACUAUCUUCAACACGAGCUGAUGGUGGAAUCCUGUGAUGUGAAGCCACUGGCGAAAAAUCUGUCUGAAAUGUUGGCGAUGCCAGCUCCAGGCUUUGCAUUUCAACUUCAUGGGUCAUCUCUGCAAGAAAUAUCCAGGUUAAUAUUCAAGAUAACAAGUUACUUUCAAGAACAUGAGAUUGCUCAUAAUGUGUUCAUGACUCAUGGAACUGUGUUUGGUGAAGGACCAUCCAGUGAAAACAGAACUAUUCGGAUAUAUUUAUGGCCACGAAAAAAGUUUAUUGGUCAGAAGAUGUUUGAAGAAUUCAAUGUUGCAUGCAUAGAAUUUGGUGGUCACUUGCCAGUAAAAGAGAGAAAGGGUUACGAGGCGAUGACCGAUGAGCUUGCCGACACCAUAAUAGCUUCAGCGAAGCUGCCCGAUGAGGAAUACAGCCGGAUCAAACAGAAGGUGAUUCAGAUAGCACAGACUGAGGCAGCUGCUUCUAUAUGAUGUGUGCUCAACGAGUAUCUCAUAUCGUAUAAACAAACCUUGUUAUGCUUGUUCAUCAAUCAGAUCUGAAGCUUGUGGGGUUUUGCAGUUUUUAGUAAAUCAUUGUGACUUUUACAGAAAGAUUCAACAAUAUUCUGCUUUCAAAGUUUCAAACUCAUCACCGUGUGUCAAAUUUGUUUGUAUAAACCAUGAUUACAGUUUUAACAUCAGUGACAUGUAGUUGUUAUGGUUAAAUGUUAAUAUUUACUGAAAAUGUUACGUAAAUAAUCCAAGGAAUUGAGAUAUUCCAAGUUCGAUCACCAUUUUACACAACUACUUUGUGGUGCCAACUAGCAAUAGAAUUAACUAUCUGAAUGUUGGAAUUGUUCAAGGUAUAGUAACGGUACCUUCCCAUCCCCCAAACAAAACAAAUUGCAUUAUACAUCUCUUUAGAAAUUUUCAUUGGUGUUGGGGUUUAUUUUGGGGGUGCAUAGUAAGUUCCUCUUUGUUACAGAAUAAAAUAAUCCAACUGUUAUAUAUUUUUUUCUUUCAUCAUUGAAUUCAAUCUUGAAUACUUGCAUUGAUUAUAUUAAUGUCAUUGUUAGAUACCACAAGCAUGUCCUAUAGACUAGUGUAUGGGUUACCUUAAAUUACAGGCUUGGUAACAACUCAUUUAUUAAGCUUACAAUUCCCAUUUCUCUUGCUCUAAAUCCCUCCACAGAUACUCUGAUACGUUUUAUUCAUUCACAUCACUGGUCUUGUAUUGAGUUUUGUACAUUUAAGUGUAUUGUGUAUUUGAAUAACACUCAAAUGAUACAAAUUUAUGUGGUGUAGUUUUUGUUAUAAACUUUAGUAGAGAACGAUGUACCAUUCUCGACUUUCUUGACGUGGUAACCUCCUGGUAACCUAACCGAUUGUUCUCAACUCAUAUCGAUGCCUGAAGUGUUACAAGAGUGUAAUAGCAUGAGAUUGACUCCUAUAAUAUGAUAUUUAGGUCACCAUUUAUUGUACAUCAUGUGGAUAAUAAAUUUAUUUAUUGUU